CGUUUGCUCUUCUGGUCAAAGAUAUUUGAUUAAUUUUUUGGUCCAGAAUAAAAAUUGUAGCUGGAGAUCUUUACGCAUCUUCCAUUUACACAUCACCUAAAACCUUCCACAUUUCAGAUAUAAUAUAUACAUAUAUAUAUUUGUAUAUGUAUAUGUCGAACUUCCAUAUCUUCCUUUAUCCUCCUCCCUCAACAAUUUUCAGGUGUUGAUUCAGAGCUUGGGGAGAAUCUAAUUUUGAAGCAUGUCGGUUUUUUCCAAUCCAAUUGGACCAAAUUUAGUGCUGUCUCCGUUCCGAGGGAGAAGCGGAGCUUUAAAACCAGUUUCCAGGCGAGCUUAUUUCGGCAAUUUCACGAUUCAGAGACCGUUCCUGCGGGGGAGUGUUGGCGUUGCGCGGUUCGGUUUGGGUGAGGUUCCGUUUCCCGAUCCGGAGAAUGCUGGACAGGUAGUUAAGGAGCUGUUUGAGAGAGCUGAGGGGUUUCUCUACACUAUUGCCGAUGCCGCAGUCACUUCUUCGGAAGCAGCCGAUGCUGCUACGACUAAACAGGAUGGCGAUUGGCUCUCGGGAAUUACGAAUGCCAUGGAAGUUGUUUUGAAGGUUCUAAAAGAUGGACUGUCGACCGUGCACGUUCCAUACGCGUAUGGUUUUGCAAUCAUUUUACUAACUAUACUCGUUAAGGCCGCCACUUUUCCUUUGACAAAGAAACAGGUGGAAUCAGCAAUGGCUAUGCAAUCGUUGACGCCCCAAAUAAAGGCCAUUCAAGAACGGUAUGCUGGAGAUCAGGAGAGAAUUCAACUUGAAACGGCUCGUUUGUAUAAACUUGCCGGGAUAAAUCCACUGGCAGGUUGUCUUCCCACACUCGCCACUAUUCCAAUAUGGAUUGGGCUUUACCGAGCACUUUCUAAUGUGGCUAAUGAGGGACUUUUAACGGAAGGGUUCUUCUGGAUACCAUCUCUAGCAGGCCCUACAACCAUUGCUGCUCGACAAACUGGCAGCGGUAUUACUUGGCUUUUCCCGUUCGUUGACGGUCACCCUCCCCUUGGUUGGUCGGAUACUCUCGCCUACCUCAUCCUCCCGGUGCUUCUGGUUGUCACACAGUAUAUCUCAGUACAGAUUAUGCAGCCCCCACAGAGCAACGAUCCGAAUUUGAAGAGUUCCCAAGCCAUAACAAAUUUCCUCCCCCUGAUGAUCGGUUAUUUUGCUCUCUCUGUUCCUUCGGGUUUAAGCCUUUACUGGUUUACGAACAACAUACUAAGCACAGCCCAGCAAGUAUGGCUACGGAAAAUGGGCGGUGCAAAGAAUCCUAUGAAAGAACUUAGUGAUAAAAGUACAAAGAAAAUGCAAUCCGAAAUUCUAAAGUCCGUCUCUGAAACAGCGGCUAUCAAGAAGGAAGUCAAGAAAGAAGAGAAACUAACUCCAGAAGGGCUUCGCCCGGGUGAAAGGUUUAAACAAUUGAAAGAGCAAGAGGCUCAGAAAAAAAGGGAAAAAGAGGAAGCAAGAAGAAAAGCUGAGGAAACAGUAGCUGAAGAAAUUCAAGUAACAGCCGAUGAAGUGAAGAGUAAAAGCAGUGCAGCAGAGAGGGAAGACAGCCACCAUGAUUCUACAUCUCACAGUUUGUCAAGCUUUGAUGAAUUUUCUGCGAAUGGCAGCAGCACGACUUCAAUUUCAAAUGAUGACACAAGAACAUCAACUAAUGAGGAAGAAAGUUAUGAAGUUUCGAAUGAUCGUAAAGAUGGAACAGAUAAUUUGCAUCUCAACCAAAAUAUUGAGAAGGAUUGACAAUUAGAGAGUAGAGUCGGGAGAUGGAUUCGAUUCGAUGGGGGCAUCGAACAUAUAAUGAAUGGAGAAGGAUCUACAGAUUACAUGAUUGAAAAAAUGGAACUUUGGAUUGAUUGAAUUGGUUGUUUUGGAUGAUGGUAUGUUUUGUUUUUGUAGCUGAGGUGAGGAAGAAAUCUGUGUACAAAUAUUUUUAGUUUCUAUUAUUCCUACAUUUGUGCAAAUAUAAAAUCAUAUAUUUGCAGCAUAUAGAUAUGAUAACAGAAUGGAUACCACAAAUUACUCGAAAACACAUUUCAAAUCAUCUCAAGUUGCAACGACCCUACCAUCGACCCACAUAAACAAAAAUCUAUAACCAAGUUUUACAUUAAACAACGAAGAAAGAAAAAAAACAAAUCAAGAGGUAAAAAGAGACACCACUC